UUAAUAAAGACAGGAAACUACCAGAGUAAUGAACCCUCUUUCAGUUUGUUAUUUUGUUAACAGGUUAAAAAGACAACUACCUCUUGGGAGAUCAUUUGUUUGCAUGGACACAAAGAAUAUUCCACAAAUUCUGCAGCAAAUUUUUACAUCUACUUUAUUAAAAUAAUUAAAUUUUAUGUAUGUUAUCAAGUUUAAAUUAGUACAAACUUGUUUUGAUUUGAUUGAAGAACUCAUUCGUCGAUAAUUAAGAUUAGAAUCGAAAAUAACAACGAAAUAUUCAUUUUAGGAUACAAAAUGCUAAAUCAAUUAUUUUUUUGCAUUUGAAUCGAGUUAAUAAUUGGGAAUUUUCAAGUUUCUAUUCUCUAUUAUUUUGCUGUUGACUUAUUAAUUAUGUGGUGAUGUAAAUCCCCUGUUCCCAGUGUUUCUUACUAACUAAUUUGGUAUAAAAACUUUCAUUGUAGAGGUAUUCUGUUAAAAAAUCUUUGAACAGUUUUUAUCGUGGGGUAUUUUUAUCACUACCUUUACCGUGUGUAAAUUCCUGUAUGAGCGACUAUAAUUUAACACCAAGCACAUAAAAAUUUUUGUGUGGGAUUUGUUCGACACAAGAACAAAAUGACACCCCGAAGAAAAAUAAUUAAACCUACGACCUCUGGUGGUAAAAAUAAUAAUGAAGGUGAGCGUUUCCAGGCACGCUCGUUCGUGAUUUAUUUUCCAAAAUAAAAAUAAGUUCGAGCACAAAUUAUAAUUAUUACCCGUGUGUAACACGUAGCCAUAUUGUUUGGAGCGUGUUUUGCUUAAAUUGUCGGAAAAUGGAUAAAACCAACGACCAGACGACGGAAAAAACUCCAGUGGAAAAAGAAGAUGUUAUUAAAGAAAACACGACUCCAGCUGCCUUACCAUUAAUAAUAACAGAGGAAUCUUGUGAUGACACUCCAAAAAUUAAAACCCUUUUUGUUGAAAGCGAGCACAGGUUACAUGAAACAAGCGAUUCUAUCUCAAGAACCAGUCAGCCUGACAGACCACUUUCUGCUGGCAGAGAACGCACACCUCCAUCUAGCACUCAAACAUCUCCAUCAACGAAGUCUGAUGUUCACCAAGUAACAAAUACGAGGAACUUAGUUGCAUUUGACACUGACCUUGGUGCUACAUACCCUGAUCGUAGUGACUCCGAAACUGAUUUAAUAAUUAAGAAACUGAAAGACACUCUCGCUACUCCUCCACCAAAUGAAUCUCAGGAUGAAGAGGGAACAUUUGCAACCUCUGUUCCUGAAGAGGAUAUUGAAGAUGCAAGAAGGAGACAGCAGAGGAGGAAGAUGGAGAUUGAAGCAAAGAUGUGGGAUCAGGAGAACAUGACACAGAGGAUGACCAUGAGUGAAGUUAUUGAUAAAAAAGUCCAAGAGCAUUUCAAUACUGGUGUGGAGCGUGCCAACCAAGGCCAGUUUGAAGCAGCUAUAACCAGUUUCAGUAAAGCUCUAAACCUGCAACCUAGAGAUGUAUCCUGUUAUGUCGAGCGUGCUGAAGCCUAUUUACAAAUGUGUGACUUCCGUUCAGCUCACCUUAACUACAAGCAAGCUUAUAUACUUGAACCACAUAACCCACAACUGUUCGAAAAACUUGCGUUUAUUUCUUAUUUAGAGGGUCAAUGCUUGUUUGACUUAGGACUUUACUCUGAAGCUUUGGAGAGUUUUACAAAAGCUUCCGAAAUGAAACCAACUGCUCAAUGUUACCAUACACGAGCCAUUGCAUGCUUAGCUGCCUUAGGAAGACAUCAGGAGUGUUUGGCACUAACUACUCGACAGUUAGAAGCAGAAACAACAGGGAAUCCCGAGCUUUAUGUUCUGAGAGCAAGACUGCAUUUGAAAUUCAAUAAUUUAACACUUUGUUAUUACGAUGUCCGAGAUGCAUUAUCAUUAGACUCUGAGCAGCCAGAGGCAAAAAAAAUGAUGAAAGAAAUUCAUGAAAAAGCUGAACGUGGAAAACAACAAGCAGUCUCGCUUACUAUACAAGGUAAAUUACAAGAAGCCUUGAGUAAGAUCACCGUGUCUGUGGAAGCUGAUCCAUCAAGACCAGAAUACCAUGUGUUCAGGGGUGCUCUAUACCGGAGAUUGCAAAAUUUUAAUGCAGCAAUUGAUGAUUAUUUGCUUGCAAUGGAUAAAGCUGACCAUAAUGAACAAGACCCAAUAUACCAGGGUGCUCAGAAGCAACUUCUUCUUACCUAUAAUGAUUUUGCUGUUUACUGUUAUCACAAGGGUUUCUAUGAAGAGAGUGUUGUGUUGCUGAACAAAGCUAUAAAAGGAGAGAAAACAGAGAAAGGAUUGUACAUUAACCGAGGAGAUUGUUUCUUCAAACUUAAUGAUCUUGGCUUUGCAUUAGCUGACUACCAGCAAGCUAUGGAAAUAGACCCAACAUGUUGGGACAUCAAAUGCAGGGUGGCUGUUGUACAUAAUGAACUUGGGAUCACUGCCUAUCAAGAAAGGCGAUACCAGGAAGCUGUGAAGAGAUUUUCGCUCGCUGUCGAGCAUAAUAAUAAAGUUGGUCAGUUUUACGUCCACCGAGCAAGGUCCAACUACAUGAUGCAAGAUGUUGAAGCAGCAAGGAAUGACAUCAUGUAUUCACUUCAUCUGGAUCCUAAUAAUGAAGAGAUAAUACCUCUUCUGUCUCGACUCUUCCCUGGUCGUUCCGUGAAAGAAGUCUUAAUGAGCAACUCUGCAGAAAAAGUUCGUAACUCCAUUCUACGUAUGAUGGGACCUACUAAGAAAUUACAGCCAUUGGAAAGUCGUCAACAAACAAGAGAAACAAGCAAAAAAGAUGAUGCCAAAGACCCCUCAAAGGCUAAAUCAAUAUCUGAAUCCCCUAUAAGUGAUGACGUGUUUUCUGUAUCUGAAGUUUCCACUCCCGGACCAAGAAAGAUGCCAACUGAUGCUGAGAUUAUUAGAGAAAAGAAAAAUGUUGCAGAUGAUUUGAAGAAUAUUUUUCGUUUCCCGCCAAGUCUUAAAUACACUGGACCAAGGGUGGCAAGUAACAUUCAACCACAACCACCAAGUAAUGCUGAAGCAUGGAUCAGAGUAGCGAGUCAGCAAAGCCAAUACGAGGACAGUUUAGAUGGAAAAUCAAGAUAAAGACGCCAGUUUAAUAAACUAGCUGUAUAGAAUCAUGAUGUGCUAUGAAACUUGUAUCUUUACAGUUUAGAUAAAUUAUAAUUUUUUAUUCUCGCGCGGCAGGGCGACGACAAUGUUAUAACACGAAUGUUCUGUUUCUCUGUGAUUAUGGUAAAGAAUCCUUAGUUAAGUUUUUAGAACUAUGGUUCCCAAAGGACCAAAUCGUAUGAUAUUGACGUUUAUGGGCAUCACAUGUCUAUACGACGGCUUUUUAUGUAUAGAUGUAUAUAUGUAUGUAUGAAUGUUACUUUAUCCUGGGCGGCGGGCAACUCAAGGAGUUUUGUUUGAUUCGGUAUAUCAUGUGACGGU